AUGGGCACUCGCCUCCUCACCACUGAGGGCAUCUUCAAUGAUGGCCCUUACACCAAGGGGAGGAAAGAGGCAGUAACUGCGGAGACGGCAGUGUGCGCAAGGCGGCAAAGCAUACCAGAGGAGCAGAGGGGGCUGACAGUGGUGGAGCUCAUCAAGAAGGAAGGCUGCACCCUUGGCCUGACGAUAUCUGGUGGGACUGAUAAAGAUGGCAAGCCUCGAGUGUCAAACCUACGGCCUGGAGGACUGGCUGCCAGGAGUGACCAGUUAAACAUCGGAGAUUACAUCAAGUCUGUCAAUGGGAUCAACCUGACCAAACUGCGGCACGAUGAGAUCAUCAGUCUACUGAAGAAUGUGGGAGAGCGAGUGGUCCUUGAGGUGGAGUACAAGCUUCCUCCGAUAGUUCCAGAAAACAAUUCAAGAAUUAUUCCAAAGACUGUCGAAAUCUCACUGUACAAAGAAGGCAACAGCUUUGGCUUUGUGAUGAGGGGUGGAGCCCAUGAAGACUGGAACAAGUCCCGUGCUCUGGUGGUGACCCAUGUGAGGCUUGGUGGACCAGCUGACAGGGAGGGGACGCUGAAGGUUGGGGACAGAUUACUGAGUGUGGAUGGGAUUCCGCUACACAAUGUCAGUCAUGGAGAGGCCAUGAACAUCCUGCGACAGUGUGGUCAGGAAGCUGUCUACCAGAUUGAGUACGACGUCAACAUCAUGGAUUCCGUGAUCAAUGCUUCUGGUCCUUUGCUUGUGGAGAUCACCAAAACUCCGGGCUGCCCACUGGGGAUAUCACUGUCCAGUGGAAUGCAUCAUAACAAGCACGUCAUCAUCCUCGACAAGAUCAAAGCAGCCAGCAUUGUGGACAGAUGUGGGGCCUUGCAUGUCGGCGACUCCAUCUUGUCGAUCGAUGGAGUGAGCACAGAGCACUGCACCCUGAUGGAAGCCACCCAGCUCCUGACCAACGCCUCCGAUCAUGUCAAGCUUGAAAUCCUCCCCGUGCACCAGAGCCGACUAUCCCUGAAGCCGAUGGAACAAGUUAAAGUUCAGAAGAGUGACCACCACCACUGCUGGGACCCCUGCGUCAACUACUGCCACACCUACCACCCAGGGCAUUGCAAGACACCUACAUGGAGCGCACCGACCUCUCUGUCCAACUCAGACUACUGCAAAUCACUGGUCCCAGUCAGCUCCUCUCCACCCUCGUCUGGCACUUCAGGCUUCAGCUCCCAGAACACGAGCACCCUGUCGCGGACAGCCCAUCCAAUGAGCCCGCGGGCAACCAUGAUGCGCAGAAGGGUGAAGAGGAAAGAAUACAAGAGCUCAUUGUCACUAGCCUCGAGCACUAUUGGCCUAGGAGGACAAAUCGUGCACACAGAGACCACGGAAAUAUUUCUAAAGGGCGAUCCACUGAACGGAUUUGGGUUGCAGCUUCAGGGAGGAAUCUUUGCCACCGAGCCCCUUUCUUCUCCGCCGCUCGUACGAUUUAUCGAGCCAGACAGUCCUGCGGAAAGGUGUGGGCUAGUGCAAGUGGGAGAUCGUGUGCUCUCCAUUAACGGCAUGGCAACCGAGGAUGGAACACUGGAGGAAGCUAACCAGUUACUGCGGGAUGCAGCACUUGCAAACAAAGUUUCACUGGAGAUAGAGUUCGACGUGGCAGAAUCAGUUAUUCCCAGCAGUGGAACGUUUCAUGUAAAACUCCCCAAGAAAAGAGGCGUAGAACUGGGCAUUACCAUCAGCUCAGCUGUAAGCCGGAAGCCUGGGGAGCCACUGAUCAUAUCCGAUAUUAAGAAGGGGAGUGUAGCACACCGAACUGGAACUCUGGAGCCUGGCGACAAACUUUUAGCUAUUGACAACAUACGGCUGGAGAACUGCUCGAUGGAGGAUGCUGUGCAGAUCCUGCAGCAGUGUGACGAGCUGGUCAAACUGAAGAUCCGAAAAGACGAGGACAACUCAGACGAGCAGGAGAGGACCGGUGCAAUAAUAUACAGUGUGGAGCUGAAGAGGUACGGAGGGCCACUGGGAAUCACCAUCUCUGGCACCGAGGAGCCUUUUGAUCCCAUUGUGAUCAGCGGGCUCACCAAGAAAGGUUUGGCAGAAAGGACCGGUGCCAUUCACGUAGGGGACAGGAUACUGGCCAUCAAUAGCGUGAGUCUGAAGGGAAAACCUCUGAGCGAGGCCAUCCACCUGCUGCAGAUGGCUGGCGAGACGGUAACCCUGAAAAUCAAGAAGCAAGCAGACCGUUAUUUUGCAAAGAAAACCUGUUCCAUGAGUGAGCUGAGUGACCCCGAGGAUGAUAUCCCGGAUUCUCAGAAGACAAGCAAACUUUCGAAAAUCUACUCCAACACCAUUCCAAGCAUGGACAGUGCCAUGGAGUCCUGGGAUUGCUCAGGAAUGGAAGGGGCGUUUGGAAGCCAAAGUUCCUACCAUCACCAGGUUGGAGGGGCUGUGCUACAAGCUCACGAGGAGCAGGGCACAGGCAAGAGGAGCAGCCUGCCAUUGCAAGGCAGCCGUCGGAAGAGCUACCCCUGUACAGAUAAUACCUUCAGCAAGGAUGAGUGGGACAAGGCAGCUGGAUACCUUAGCAAUCACAACGGACUCGAGCAAGAACAGGAAGACAAAUUUUGGUCUCAGGCCUUGGAAGAUUUAGAAACUUGCGGACAAUCAGAGCUGUUAAGAGAAAUUGAGGCUUCCAUAAUGUCUGGAACUGAGCUGACUUUGGGAAUUGACGGGCACCUGUCACAACCUGCAGACUACUCGGGCCUGGGGAAGCUGCAGGACCAGGCGGCUGCAGAGGGCCAGACAGAAUGCUCUGCAGCAUCCGCACUGGCAAUGGACAAGGUUUUGGAAUGGAAGAAGAUCAAGGAGGAGAUUAAAGAAAUAACGUCACCCAGUCCUGUGGAGCUGCACAAGAUUACAAUCCAUAAACAGUCCGAGAACGAAGAAUUUGGUUUCAGUAUUUCCGACGGCCUUCUGGAGAAAGGGGUUUAUGUCAACCUGAUACGGCCAAAUGGUCCGGCUGAUGGCAGUGGACUCCAACCCUAUGACCGGAUAUUACAGGUGAACCAGAUCCAGACUGGAGACUUCGACAGUUGUCUGAUGGCGCCGCUCAUCUCGGAGUCCGGUGGCCGUCUGGACCUGGUGGUCAGCCGCAGCCCUCUGGCCAUGACAGCGCGCAGCCGGUCCGAGGACUGCGAGGGCUCGCGCAAUGCCAGCCGCCCGCAACAGCGCAUGGAGAACAGGAAGAACACGCGGACACUGUGA